UUUACACUCGGACUAGAGAGCAUGUGACGCAUCAGGAAGCUAUCAAAAACCAAAACUAAAAAAUGCGAUUUUUGCAUAUAUCUGCAAUUGUUUGACACUGAAUGAAGAUCGAGCUCAAGGAAUGGCUGCAUCGCAUAAUCUCUAAAUCACCCCAGUAAAUUAUAAAAUUUCAUACGUGUUAUACCAAAGAUCGAGUGAUUGUUGUUUGAAUCAGAAUGGAGAGAUUUGAGGUUUAUAUCUUCACAGCUCUGUGCAGCGUCAACUUUCUCAUCUCCUGCCUCCUGUUCUCCAAAAUCACUCGAGAACAGAGAGAGCCGUACAUGGAUGAGAUCUUCCAUGUGCCUCAAGCUCAGAAGUAUUGUGAAGGGAAGUUCAAUGAGUGGGACCCGAUGAUCACCACUCUUCCUGGGUUGUAUCUGGCAUCAGUGGGUCUGAUCCGGCCGAUGGUGUGGCUGUUUGAUCUGAAGGGAAGGGUGGUCUGCUCUACUGCCAUGCUGAGAUUCAUCAACCUUCUGUUCAACAGUGGCAAUCUAUACAUCAUCUAUCUGAUCAUCUGCAGACUGCACUUGAAAGAUAAGUCCCGUUCUGAUGUUCGAAGAAUGUUCUCUGCCCUGGUUCUGUCCACAUUCCCUGUGCUCUACUUCUUCACGUUCUUGUAUUAUACUGAUGCUGGUUCCACAUUCUUCACCCUCUUCACUUACCUCAUGGCCCUGUAUGGAUGCCACAAUGCGGCGGCGCUCCUCGGCAUCUGCGCCAUCCUCUUCCGCCAGACCAACAUUAUCUGGGUGGCAUUCUGUGCAGGCACCGUAGUGGCACAAAAAAUGGACGAGACUUGGCGAACUGAACAGUUGAAGAAGCGAGAUGAAAAAUUGCCCUCCCAGGUCCCUCUAACAAUCAGUGGGGCAAUGCGAGUAAUGCGUUUCCUAUUGGAUUUCCUUAAAACCGCUAGCAAUAUAAAAGCCUUGGUCGUGUCGACGUGGCCGUACAUUGCAGUAGCUGUUGGUUUUGUUGUUUUCGUGGUGUUGAACGAUGGAAUUGUGGUGGGAGAUCGAAGUAGUCAUGAAGCGUGUCUGAACUUUCCUCAGCUUUUCUAUUUCUUGUCAUUUAUGCUUAUAUUUUCUCUCCCUACCUCACUGAGCUACCAAAGGGUGGUCAGAUUUCUACAGUCUUUAAGAAGGCAACCCUUAAUUUACGCUGUACUGAUGGCGGUCUUCCUGUUUUUGGUCUGGAAAUUCACAUUCGUUCACAAAUACGUGCUCGCAGACAACAGACACUUUCCGUUUUACGUGUGGAAACGAAUUUUCCAGAAACAUGACCUUGUUCGUUUUCUUCUUGUCCCCGGAUAUGUGUUUGCAGCAUGGAACUUUGUAGAUACUUUGAGGUCCAAGUCGUUGUUCUGGUGUCUGGCUUUCUUCGUGUGUCUGGUCGCGGCUACCGUUCCGCAGAAACUCGUGGAGUUCCGAUAUUUCAUCCUGCCGUAUCUGUUAUAUCGCGUCCAUGUCCCCCUACCCUCUAUUCCCAAACUGCUGCUGGAGUUUGGCCUUUACACGGCAGUGAAUGCAGCAACAAUUUAUAUAUUCAUCUAUAAAACAUUCCAGUGGCCCGACAGUACAGACGCGCAGAGAUUCAUGUGGUGAAUCGACCAACAUAUAGCAUUGAAACUGUUGAUCACAUUUUGUGUGUACAAAAGGAAAUGGUGUAAGUUUUGCACCAUUUGUCAAUUACAAAAAUAAAUAUAAAUACAAUAUUUCAGAAUAUGAUGCAACGACAUGAUCCAUGUAUUUAUUUGCUGUUGUAUUCAUGUGCAUUUUGGCAAAUGUUAUUUGUACGUUUAUGUGUAUAUUAAAGUAUAUACAUAGAGUAUACAGAGUAAGGUAGGAUGUAACCAUUCCUUUGACCAACCCAAUCAGAUUAGGUUUAUAUAUAUAUAUAUAUAUAUAUAUUUUUUUUUUUUUUCCAAAGGAUUAGUCCACUCAAAAAUUUAAAAAACUGAAAAUCUUGUCAUCCAACAUAGCUUUCCUUGGCACGUUCAUGAGUGAAGUAGGGAUGUCUUAUUUGUGAACGAAUCAUUCUUUUGAGUGAGAUCUUUUCAAAUAAUCAGUUGAUCCACUUCAUAAAACCUGAAUGAUUCAUUCAUGAAUCAUAGUGAUCCGGUUCUUGAGGUCAGCUCACUGAAGGAAAGAUUUUCAGUAGAAAAAAUACGCAACUUUAGCCUAUUUCUCGCCCAAAUCAUAUGACUCCAGAAGACUAGAAUAUUGUGCACAAGUCAUAUGGACUACAUUCAUGAUACGUUUAUGGUGCUUUUUGCAUCCCUUUUGAACCUUUAAAGCUGCAGUCCCCAUCCAUUGAAACUUUUUUUGAACUGAGUGACCAGUACAUUCUUCAAAAUUGUAGUCAUAAGAAAGUCAAACAGGCUUGACGUGAUUGUGAGUAAAUGAUGACAGAAUUUUCAUUUUUGGGUGAACUAUCCCUUAAGUACAAACAUCAGUGUUUUCAAAAGCCAUUCACUUUAUGUUUGUGUAUUGCAGUUUGAGUUAGUUCAAUCAUGUUAAUAAUUUGUUGUGUAUUUUGUUACUUUCAUGUUGUGUAAUUGUUUUUAAAGUCUCUGUAUUUCAGUACUGUCUUUUGGUUUAUUUUGGUAGACCGUUAUAAGUUUUAUCUUGUGUAAUUUUGAAUAAUUUUUUUUUUCUUUUCUCAGUUUAAUUGAUUUUUGUCUGUUUUUUUUUUUCCAAGUUCUCAUUAGUAUUUCCUUUCAUUCAUUCUUUGGGUAUUAUUAAAUGGUUUUGAUGUCCUAAAAAUGAUGGAAUACAUUAAUUACCUUCAUAGCUUCAAUUUUGUUUAUUAAUGGUUUCCAAGAACUUUAAAUUGCUUGAGUAAACUACAAUAACUUAAAGGUGCACUCAGUAAUUUUUUCCUCAUUAAAAAAGUUUUACAUCUAAGGAAAUAAACUGCAAUAUAUGUAUAAAAUCUGAGCACUCAUAUGAGAUUAAGACUCCAGUAAUAUGAGUAACCUUAUAAAAGCUGUAUUAUUGUACAUGGAAAUGGUCCGCACAUGGGGGCUGUCAUGUUAGAAUCACAUGACCAGCCGAAAACUGCUUGCUUAAUCUCAGUAACCGCCCUGUUAUUGGACACUUUCACUCAUGGAUUAAAUUAAUCAUGGCUGACUGUGAAAUGUUAAUUUCUAUAUUGGCAUCUGUAACUGAAAACUGUUGAUUUUAAAUUAUGUAAAUAUUUUGUUUGCUCAACUUAAAUUGUAGACAUUGGUUCCAUACAUUGAAAAUUAGUU